AAUAAAAGCCCACUCCCACUUCGUCCCCAGAAUUAAUUUGUUUGAGUUCUGAAUUCGCCGGAAUCGGAAAUAAGGAAAGAAAAAAUGGAUACAAGGCUUUUCCAGGCAGUGAAAUGGAACGACAGAAGGCGUUUCAGGAAUCUGGUGGACGAAAAUUGGGAAAUUAUGAAGCAGAUAUCAGAAGAGACGGGGGACACGGCGCUGCACUCGGCGGUGAGGCACGGCCAUGUCAACUUUGUGACGGAGAUCCUGAGGCUGUGGCCGGAAGCUGCGGCGGUGGAGAAUCGGAAGAAUGAGACUCCAUUCCAAGAAGCUUGUAGGGAAGGAUCGGAACCCGAAAUCUUAAUGCUGCUUCUGGCGAUGGAGCCAUGGGUCAGAUCUGAACUCAGCCAUCAAAACCAGAGCCUGUUGUUGGCGGCCUGCAGCCAUGGUCAAGUGGAUGCUGUCAAGAUCCUUUUGAAACAGCCAUGGCUCCACAAUUUAGACGACCACGCAGCUUGCUUUCUUGAGGCUGCCUCUCGGGGAUACUUGGGCCUGGUUAAAGAAAUAUUAGGGAAGUUCCCAAAAGUGGCUGAAAAGGUGGACGAUAACGGGUUCUGUGGUCUGCACAAGGCUUGUAUUGGCGGCCAUGUGGAUGUAGUGAGGUAUCUGUUGGGUCAUCAUCCUCAGCUGGCACGCCAAUUCAACAACUCUGGCUCUACGCCGUUGCACUUGGUUGCCAUGAACGGCAACAUCCCCAUUCUUCAACUAUUUAUGGACCUAUCUCCACUCUCCUUACUGGAUCCUACGAAGCAGGGAGACCCAAUUCUUCAUCUCACCAUUCGGUAUAACCAAUUCCCUACUUUUCUCCACUUGGCUCGAACCUUCAAUACACAUGAAUCAUUCUUCAAUUCUGUUGACCUCCAUGGGAAUACUCUUUUACAUGUUGCAGUACUGUAUGGACGACUACAGUUUGUAGAAUUAUUGAUCAAUAAAAUGAAGAUGAGGAUGUGGAUAAAUUGUCAGAAUAUGGAAGGGAGGACAGCCCUUGACAUGCUCGACAACCUUGCCGUUAAUGACACUGAGGAGUUCCAAAUUCUUGAGGACAUGUUAAAAAAUGCCGAUGGAAAGAGAAAAAUAGAACUGAUGGAUUCCACCAUUAUUAUUCCAACUAGCGAGAAAGGGGAAUGGAUUCAAGAAUGGAUUGAUUCUUUGGAUCCAAAUUUGUUGGAGGAGGAGCGUUUGCAGAAGACCAUUGAUUCAGGUUAUGAUAAGAAGGAAGAAGAAAAGGGGAUUAAUUCUUUGGAUCCAAAUUUGUUGGAUGAGGAUCAGAUCAUUGACUUAGAGCAUGAUAAGAAGAAAGAAGAAAAGAGGAUUGAUUCUUUGGAUCCAAAUUUGUUGGAGGAGGAUCAUUUGCAAAAGAUCAUUGACUUAGCUCAUGAUAAGAAGGAAGAAGAAAAGAAUGACCUUGAAAAUUUGAGGAGCAAUAAUAAUGUUAUCCUUGCUAACGGUGAACAAAUCGAUCAAGAAGAGAACAAAGAUGGGUCUGUGAUUUCAAUAUCCUUGGAGAUACAAGAGGAUCUCAGCCAAAAGCGGCAGGAAGUUGUAACAAGCGUAAUGAACAAGAACCAUUUUCGGUGGGAAAAGCAACACGUUGCUCUCAGUCAAAAGCGGCGGAAAGUUCUGAUAAGCAAAAUGAACAAGAACCAUUCUCGACGGGAAAAGCAACACGAUAUGUAUAAGGAGGCAUUCCAAAAUGUAAGAAACACAAUUACUUUAGUUGCAGCUUUGAUUGCUACAAUUACAUUUUCUGCCGGCAUAAGCCCCCCUGGUGGAAUUCACCAAGACGGUCCACUAAUUGGAAAAGUAGUAUUUGCCAAAACAAAAGGCUACAAGGUAUUCCUAAUAAGCAACAGCAUCGCAAUGACGACAUCUUUAUGUAUUAUGAUCGUUUUAGUGAGCAUCAUCCCUUUCAAAAAAAAAUUACUGCUACGACUUCUUAAGAUUAUCCAUAAAGUAUUGUGGUUGUCUCUAGGGUUCAUGACAACGACUUUCACGUCGGCCACAUGGCUCACCUUGCCGCAAGAUUACAAAACAAAUUGGCUUCCGAAUGCGAUAUUGGCAGUGGUGGGCGGGACUUUGGGAACACUUUUUAUUUAUUUGGGAUUAGAGUUGGUUAAUCAUUGGACGAGGAAGGUCAAGUGGAGAAAAGAGAGAGUCAAGAAGCCAAUUGUUCCCGUUGGCGAUAAUUCCGAUGACAAUUUGGACCAUCAAUCCACGGACGAUCUAUCGUCUAUAAAAGCUAAGUCAAACAUAGAGCAGCGUGAUUUAAGUAGGUUCCAUUCAUUAUCUACUAAUUCCGAUUUUGCAAGCUCUAGAGGUAGGGGUGGUCACGUAUAUUAAAGAUAUGGUCACGUAUAUUAAAGAUAUGUUUGUAAGUGAUUUUAAGAUACUGAUUUAAUUAUAAAUAGUUUUGUAAAAUGUUUAAUAAAAAAUUAUUUUACUAUUUGGUUCUAGUUUUU